AAGCCCUAAACAUGAGCUGAUGUGUUACAUUGUGUGCCCAAUUAGGGCUUAUGUGUCUGGCUGUGAGGUUUAUUCGGUGGGAUAUUCUACUGCCCCCCCAAUGGCUAUUGCGCUUAUGAAUGUGUGCCCUGGAAAAUUUCCUGGGAGGAGAAACGAGGGCUCCCUUGACAGUGAGAAGAAUGUCUCCUCGCUAGAGCUUGUAGGGAGGCAGCCAUGGCCAUGGAAGCGCACGGUGCUUGGCGCGCUUGUGGUAGGCUUUGCUUGUGUGGGGAUUAAAUCCCAGCAUCAUGGGCUAGCGCUGGCAACCACCACGAGUUGCGAGAGUGAGAGCUACUAUGAAGGAACUCAAGCUCUCACGGGUACUGCGCUGGAGCUCAAACUCCACCACAUUGUCCAGGAGGGACAUGAUUCAAUCUCUUAUGUCCAGGUAUGGGAGGCUCUAAAAUUUCUAGAUGAAGAUCCAAGCUCGCCAGAUGACAUAAUCGAGAUUUACAGCCAAAGAAGUGCUCCAAAAGAACUAGCAGGGAAGAUCGAUGGCUGGAACAGAGAACAUUUGUGGCCACGUUCUUAUGGGCUCAAGCAAGGCCAGCCGGAGUUUACAGACUUACACAACUUAAGGCCAGCCGACACCAAUGUGAAUUCGUCCAGAAGAAACAAAUACUUUGGCGAUUGCACUGUGGAGAGCGUGGGCGAUUGUCUCGUCCCAGCAAAUCGCGAGGCUGGAGCAGACACCGCCACCGAUAAGAAAUCGUGGCGUCCCCCCAAAGAGGUCAGAGGAGACAUCGCCCGAUCUGUGAUGUAUAUGGCAGUGCGCUACUUUCCCUCUCUACGCCUCUCGAACACUCCGAGCAUAGCAAAUGCCGAAAUGGGAGUCCUUUCAAUGCUUUUGCGCUGGAAUGAUGCAGACCCUCCAUCGCCCAGCGAAGAAAUCCGUAACUCAAAAAUCUGCCAAAGGUACCAGCACAACCGGAAUCCUUUCGUGGACCACCCAGAAUUCGCGCAUAGAAUAUGGUAGAAUUUAGGGUUAACAGAGGAGGACGAAGCAUCUUAUUCAAACGCAAAAAUAUUCAAAUAGAAUUUAGAGCUGCGUCUUAUUUGAACGCAGGAA